UAUAUAUACCUGUGGUUGGAGGUAAUCCUUGUCAAGUAAAUUUCGUUCGUUUUCUUUUAUCGUUGUCACUGUUUCCCGCCUUCCAAAGUUCCGCGGGACGUUUUCCUUUAUUUUUAUAAUACUGAAUACAACUUCUUAAAUCUCACUAGUCAUUAGUCAAUAUUGUAUUAUUGUUGAAUCGAAGUUCACUAGUUGGUAGUUUUCAUAAUUUCAUACAAGCAAAAUUAUAAAUACCUACUCAAAAUCGAAACAACGGUAUUCGAUAUUUACUGGAAAUUCUUUGAUAUUGUGACAAAACAUUGUUUAAAUCAAUUUGAAUUGAAUUUACCUUUCUGCAGUUGAUGACAUUUUACUUCUUAUUCACAACUAUUCAACAAUGGCGUAUAAUGAUAAGCAUAGACAAUUUUUGCAAUAUUUCAUGCACGAAAGAAUAGUUUCUGAAAAUGAUGCUAGAAAAAUAAACGAUAUUCUGUUUCCUGAGAAAAAAGUUGAUGACAUCGUUCAGCUAAUAAACACAAAAAUUUGUCCACUUGAAUUCAAAAUCAAUAAAGUGGUAUGUGAACAAAAUGGCAAUGUAACCUAUGUAUUCAUCGCUACAUUUCUUGACAAUUUCAAUGCUAAACCAGAUCCAAGCAAAAUUAUGUUUGGUAAAAUUGUUAAUCAUAUUGUUACUUCAGGUGGAUCAGUAACUUACGAUGACAUUAUUACAUCUGUUAAGUAUUUAUCUGAUACUCAGUUGGAUAAUUAUUUUACAUCAAAAUAUUUAAUAGCUGACAAAGACAAAAAUAUAUUUUUAUCACCUUUGGCUAUUAGUGAGUUGGAAGGAUAUUUGACUGAAAAAUUUGAAGACAAAAGAUGUAUGGGUUGUUUGAGUAUUGUUGGACAUGGUAUCAAAUGUCCGUCAUGUGAAAAGUUUGCACAUGGGCAUUGCUUGACUGCAUAUUUUAAAAAUGUGGGUAGCAAAAAGUGUCCUAAAUGUUCUAACAUAUUAGAUGUUAGUUGGGACUCCAUAACAACAGUCAAUAAGUUAUGAUAAAUGAUUUUCCCAUUUAAUUAUUAUUAUUCUUACUUUAUGAGUAUUACUAAAAUAGUUAUACUAUUUUUUAUGUAAUAUGGAAUGUACUUAACAUUUUAAAUACAAAUAUGUUGUUCAUUAAUUCCUGGAUCAUAUAAAUGUAUGGUUUUAUUUAUAACAUUAUAUUUUAAAUUAAAGUGUUAUUGUGUAGAACUGGUUGUUAUUAAUGCACAAAUAGAU